GCGUCCUUGACCGCACUCGAAUGGAUACCCUUUUGCGGAGCUCAAGUUCGACCUCGGUGUUGGAUAUGAAGAGACAGGUUUAGAACUUAAGCUUCGACUUGCGCCCACUAAGCAGUUUUCUGACUCCCACGCCUUUCAUCUCCCUGGGGAUGCCGUGCUCAGCAUCCUCCUUGGGAUUGUCCUCCUCUGCUUCUCCUCGCCUCCACCUCUCCCUUUACUUAGAUUAAGUUGGCUGUGGAUGACGUUUAGUGUAAUUCCUAAUGCAGAUAAAGAUGCGGGCUAAAAGAAGCCCACUAACUUACGGAGAACGCACAGCAAGUAAUCAGAAGAGUUGGAACUCCACCUGAGGACUUCAGGCUUUGCAGCCGGUGUAAACCUCAUGCCAUCCCACGACCUCAGAUGAGACAAUUAGCCAGCGGCUGUGUCCUGUCCGGUUCCAUGAUGAUAUUAACACACCCCUGAAAAGUGUACUCUUUCCAUCCACCCAGUCAUUCCACAAACAUUUGUUAGCACCUGCUGUGAGCCAGACACUACAAUGCACUAGGAUGCAGACACAAAAUACAAAAUCUCCAGCCUUGACAAGCUCAGUCCUUAGUUGGGAAAUUUGCAACAUGAGGUGUGCCAAAGCAGGUACACCCACGUGGUGUGCAAGCCCAGAGCAGGGCCAUCUGGAACAGCUGGAGAGCCAAGGAAGGCACCAUGAGGUGGUAACGCCUGGACCGAUCCCUGACGGAAGGAUAACAUCCUCGGAAGCAGACGGGGCCCAGAUCAUCGAUCUGAUGAUGCUGGUCAUUGACGUGACCAAGGGGAUGCAGACCCAGUCGGCUGAGUGCCUUGUGAUUGGGCAGAUCGCCUGCCAGAAACUGGUCGUGGUGCUGAACAAGACAGACCUCCUACCCGAAGGGAAGAGACAGGCGGCGAUUGAUAAGAUGACCAAGAAGAUGCAGAAGACCCUAGAGAACACCAAGUUCCGAGGUGCACCCAUCAUACCCGUGGCGGCCAGGCCUGGGGGACCGGACGCCCCCGAAACGGAAGCUCCACAGGGCAUCCCAGAGCUCAUUGAGCUCCUGACGUCCCAGAUUUCCAUCCCAAGGAGAGACCCCUCGGGACCGUUCCUCAUGUCUGUGGACCACUGCUUCUCCAUCAAAGGCCAAGGCACUGUGAUGACAGGGACCAUCCUCUCAGGCUCCGUCAGUCUCGGUGACAGUGUGGAGAUCCCUACCCUCAAGGUGGUGAGGAAGGUGAAGUCCAUGCAGAUGUUCCACACACCCGUCACGUCUGCUGUGCAGGGGGACCGGCUGGGCAUCUGUGUCACCCAGUUCGACCCCAGGCUGCUGGAGCGUGGCCUGGUGUGCGCCCCCGAGUCCCUGCACACGGUCCAUGCCGCCCUCGUCUCCGUGGAGAAGAUCCCGUAUUUCCGGGGAUCCCUGCAGACCAAGGCCAAGUUCCACAUCACCGUGGGCCACGAGACGGUCAUGGGCCGGGUGAUGUUCUUCAGCCCCACCCCCGACAGCUUCGACCAUGAGCCCGUGCUGGACUCCUUCGACUUCUCCCAGGAGUACCUCUUCCAGGAGCAGUACCUGUGCCCGGGCUCGGUGCCAGCCGAGACGGACCGUGGUGAGGCCGACAGCAGGGUGGGCCAGGCCUCCGAAGGCCGCUGCCCCCGGCAGCAGUGGGCCCUCGUGGAGUUCGAGAAGCCAGUCACCUGCCCGCGGCUGUGCCUGGUGAUUGGCUCCAGGCUGGACGCGGACAUCCACGCCAACACAUGCCGGCUGGCCUUCCACGGCGUCCUGCUCCACGGGCUGGAAGAUAGGAACUACGCCGAGAGCGCCCUGCCCGCGCUGCGAGUGUACAAGCUGAAGCACAAGCACGGCAUCGUGGAGCGGGUGAUGGACGACUACAGUGUGAUCGGCCGCUCCCUGUUCAAAAAGGAGACCAACAUCCAGCUCUUCAUGGGGCUCAAGGUGCACCUGUCCACUGGGGAGCUGGGGGUCAUUGCCAGCGCCUUCGGCCAGAGUGGCAAGUUCAAGGUCCACGUCCCUGGUGGCCUCAGCCCCGAGUCCAAGAAGAUCUUGACGCCCGCCCUCAAGAAGCGGGGCCGCGCCGGCCGAGGGGAGGAGGCGGAGCAGCCAGAGCCCGUCCAGCACGUGGCUCUCAGCUUGUCUUUCAAGCGCUACGUCUUCGACACCCACAAGCGCAUGGUCCAGUCUCCCUGAGUGCCCGCCGGCCGCCCCGGGGCACCUUGCCCAGGCCCAGGGGCCACAGUGCCACAUGUGCCUCCACCUCCAGGCUCUCCCCGGAGCCCCCGUGCCCCCCGCCAGGGGACAGCCCCGUGCAGGAAUGGGCUUCGGCUCCACGGCUGGUGGCCAGUGUCUCCCAGGCUGCCCGGCUGGCGGCCAGCGCUUGCCAGCUGCAAAUAAACGUCCCGUGGUGCCCGCCCA